GGCACAACUACGACAGAGUGGGACAGUCUGAGUCACAGUGUUGCUUUUCAUCAAGCUUUACUGUUUAAGAGUGUUGAUCUGCCAUAUCCACAUUCAGUGCUGGGAUAAAAUCAACUUCAAACAAGCAUUUACAAGAAAAAGCAAUGACAGCUCUAAGGAUUGCACUUUUUGCUGCCUUUAUGGUGACUGUUGUGUUGUCUAAACCAGUCAAUCUGACUGAGGAUGAAGAUUCAUCUGAGUCUGCUGAAGAGAAGUCAUCAGAGGAAGCCAAACCUCAUGGGAACCUGCCACGAGUAAAUACUCCUGACAUCAUAGUGCAUAUUAAGCCAGCUCCAGGGAAAAAAAUUCCUGAUACCAUAGUCCCGAUUAAGCCAGCAAUAGAUACUAGCACUAAAGUUGGACAUCCAGCUCCAGGGACAAACAUUCCUGAUAUCAUAGUACCGAUUCAUCCAGCUGCAGGGACAAACAAUCCAGAUAUCAUAGUGCCGAUUCAUCCAGCUGCAGGGACAAACAAUCCAGAUAUCAUAGUGCCGAUUCAUCCAGCUCAAGGGACAAACAAUCCAGAUAUCAUAGUGCCGAUUCAUCCAGCUCAAGGGACAAACAAUCCAGAUAUCAUAGUGCCGAUUCAUUCAGCUCCAGGGACAAACAAUCCAGAUAUCAUAGUGCCGAUUGAGCCAUCAGGUACUAUAAAAAUGCUGCCUUCUGUAGAUGCAAGCCUUUCUCCAACAAUGAUAGAUACAUCAACUUUGCCUGACUACAUUGACCCGCAAAUCUUCACGGACACUUCAAACCUCAUACCAGAUGACCCUACAGCGACCACCCCGGGAACAGGCAUUUUUCAGGAUGUGCCUGUGAUUGAUGCUUCACAGGGCUCCAUCACUGACAGCAUGCAUGUUCUACCAGAAUCAGAGGUCUCCCUUAACACACAACUUCCGGUAAUUUACGCCACCAACACCCCAUACCAAGAACUCCCCCUGGGUACCACAGCCAAGCCCCUUGAGAUCCCCCUUGGAACUGUUGAGAAUGGGGUUCCUGUGUGUUUCACUUUUCAGUUUGCUACCUCUGCUCCAGAUCCACCCAGAGGAGACAGUAUGUGAUUCUGAUAACUGAGAGCUAUCUGUCAAAGGUUUGGCAUUUCCUCUAUAUUUUUGUAACUUUAGUGGUUUUGAUAUAUCGUUGUAAUAUCCACUCAGAAUGUCCUUACCACUCUUGGCCUCUAUUUUAAUUCUAAAUUUGCUUCAUAAGUAGCUGUCAGAUAAUGCAUGUGUGAUGACUACUACAUAAUAACUGAAAAAACAUACUUUGGCUGACUGCAUCUAAAAUGUUUUCAUGUACUGCUAAAAACUGUGAUGUUCUUAUGUCUGAUUAAAAAUGUAAUAAAACACCCACCAAACUCAUGUUGUUUUUAGUAAACAGUGUUUUUAUUGGUUGUUGCAUUACUUACAUCCUUCUUAUUCAAAGGGCCUUGUCACAGCAGCUGUACCAAGAAAGGAGCACAGCAAUUACUGCCUCCAUGAUAAGAUUUCAUUGCAUCAUGCACGUUUUUAUACUCUGUGUAGGUGGGUGGAGCAGUGCAGAUAGAGUACAGGAUGACAACGCAACACACCCUUUUUUGCACAAUGUCUUACAGAGAAAACUUCCAUUUUUGACACUGUCCCUAAACCAAGAAGCAGUAAAUUAGAUUUUUUACAACCUCCAGCAACACUUAAAAGAGAAAACAUCUUGGGUGGUCAGAUAGUCCAAUUCUCGUCCUCAGUGUGUUAGACACUGGGAACUUUCAGGCUUCAUUCAUACUGCAUGUAAUAUAGAUCUGAUAUUGUUAUGACAAUGUGAGCAGCACAGUGUCAUAUGAGAUUUGGGCUACUAUAAUUUGACAUCUAGAUCAGAGGCUGGACUUUUGCAAUGCCACUUAAUUCUCAACAUCCAGGUCUGAAUGCUCCAAGGAAACAAAAAGGAAUUAAACAUACAAUCCAGACCAAGAUCACACAGCUAAAGCCAGACAAGUGGCAGAAAAAGAUCUGGUGCUCACAAUAUCCCUUAGAUCACAAUAGAUUAGAAUGUAUCGACGACUUUUCUUCCAUUUAGUUAAUAAUUUCUGGUGUGCCUGACAUCUUAAGGUAUGCUAUUUCAGCUCCAGCUCUGAUGGUUCAUGGGAUUAGUAUGAGAUUUGUGAAAUGAACAUGAAAAUAUAACUGAAAGUUCAAAUGCUUAUCCAAAUCUUCAGCAAGGGGGCAACUGGACUUGAUUCAGCUUCUUGAAGAUGUUUUGCUGGCCAAAGAAAUCCAGAGCUGCACUGUAUGUAGGGGAUAAGAAGUGUCUUAGUCUGCCAUGUCUGUUCAAAGACAGUUCUCGAACAAAGGUACAGCGCAGCUCUGAAUUCCUUUUGGCAGCAGUCCAAACUGGAACACAGAACUGGCAAACCUGAAGACGCCCAGGAGGACACGCCCUCAGGUGAAACUGUGACCCAGGUGACUCAGCUGUGAAUGACUUUCAGGUGAUCACCCAGAUCAUUAGCACAUGGAUGGACAACAGAGGCUAUAAACUCCAACUUUGGCCCCAGUCACUCUGGAUUGACUUAAUUCUAAUUUUCUGCAUUUAUUUUAACUGAGGACAUUUUUAGCAUGUUUACAGGUUUUUAGGUGGAUUAUUACGAGUUUUAUUUCAUUACUUUUAGACAAGACUUCUGAACCGUUUAUUGUUUUAGAAGGGGGAUUAAAUAAACUUGUUUUUAGAUUUCGCAUGCAUUUUUUUAUUAAAUUAAGAUGAUAAUGGUAUUUCAGAGAGGAGUUUUAAGGGGCUUUACAAGGCAUUUAAGAGGAUCUUUAUUUUAAGAGUGAUAUUUAUUUUAUUUUAUACAGAAAUGUAACACAAAACCACCAAAAAAUAAAGAAAAAAAACCCACAAAAAGCAGGUUUAAUUAUUGAGGUGAUUGUGAACUUUGACUGAAGAUAACCUGAUUAACUUCCUCCUUUGCCACUCCUGCUCCCUCUGGACAUUGGACCUGAUCAAGAGGAGAGCUGGGACUGAAAAGGACUGACAGUCCUGAGCUGUCCCUACAAGAACCAUGCCACUGCUGCUGAGUCACAUUAGAACUGAAGAAGCCUUUAGAAGAGAGGCGAAAUGUCUUCAGGAACCUGAAUCAAGUCCAGUUGCCCACUUGAUGAAGACUUAGAUAAUCAUGACUUGGAUCAGUGGUUCCCCACCUGGGCCUGGGGGGGGGGGUCGGGUCGGGGGGCUUUGUCUGCUCUGAGGUUGUCAAAAUUAGAUUUGCAAAUAUUAAGUAAAAUCAUGAUAAAGAACUUAAUGAACAGUUUAUACAAUGGUCUUUUGGUAAGAAAAUGCAUGAAACAAUUAAACAGAUGUUGAUUUUUGGCAACAAUAUGACGCUCUAAAUUUUUUGUUCAUAUUCUAGUGGGUCUCAGCUGAACUUCGAAACAAGUAGGGGGGGCUCUAAGGAACAA